GGCUGGGAAGAGGGAAGAGCCUCUUUCCAGGGAAGUAAGAAAGCAACGAAGAGGAGCAGAAAUCUCUUCUACCUCCUCUUUUCUUCCUGGGAGAAAAUCCGGAUUUUUUAAAAUUUCCUCUCCUCUCUUAGCCUUGGAGACCCCUCUGGGGUUUUGGAGUUUUUGAUUUUUCGCAAGGGAGCAAAGCUGGUGCAAAGAAAGGAGAAUCCCCACUCUCUGAUUCGGAAAGCAUUGAUAUUUGGCUGUGGGAUCAGUCCAGAAAACAGUCUUUCCAACAAUUUGCCAUCAACUUCAAAGGAAGCGCUCCCUUGAAAGGGUGCAAAUUCUGCCAAACUUGAAGGACAGCUAGAAGGAGGAGAGAACCAGGAGAAGAAAGGAGCAGCCAGGCUCCAGUUUUUGCAAUGGAGGAGCAAGACAACACAAGCUCUAAAGCUUGGGAAGGAAGGAACCAAGUAGCAAAAGACCCACGAGUUGGACCUAUAGGGGGUUCACGGGAGUCCUUGGUGCAGGCAUCUCCAUGCCCCAUAAAACGUGAGCCGGUGGAGGGGCUACAGGACCUCUGGGAAGCCCAGUGGCAGGAGUUCCUGAGGGCGCUGCAAGCUCCUGGCGUUUGGGUCUCUGCAGAGCCCGCACCGUGGGACGACGCAAAGACUUUCCUGGCCUCUUUCGAGCAGGUUGCGUCUGCUUGCCAUUGGCCUCGGGACAAAUGGGUGGCCUUCCUCCAGCCAGCCCUCAGCGGAGAGGCCGAGCAAGCCUUCAGCACCCUCAGUUCCCAAGACCGGGGGGACUAUGGCAAGGUGAAGACUGUGAUCUUGGAAGGAGAAGCCAUGGCGCGGGAGAGGCAGCGCCGGCACUUCCGGCAGCUCCGCUAUCGGGAGGCGGAGGGGCCCAGAGCGGUGUACGGGCAGCUCCGGGAGCUUUGCCGCCAGUGGCUGAAGGUCGAGAGGCACACCAAGGACGAGAUCUUGGAGCUGCUGAUCCUGGAGCAGUUCCUCAGCAUCCUACCAACAGCCAUGCAGAACUGGGUCAGGGAUCGGAAACCGGAGUCCUGCACCCAGGCCGUUGCUUUGGCAGAGGACUUCCUGGUGACAUGGCACGAGAUUAAGAAACCAGAACAAAAGUUGUCGGACCCAUUUCUGGAGAUGAACAUGGAUUCUUCUGAGGCAAAUCAGGUUCCGCUGUUGGAGUCUUUGACGGCACAACUCUCCAAAGAAACGCAGGAUGAAGAGGCAAGACUGCUAGCAGGUAACAACCAGGUGCAGGAGAAUGAAAUGAAUACCGUUCACCAGGAAGAUCAGGACCAAGAGAAAAUACACGAUGACUCUCUGACAAGAGAUCAGGAUCUCCAGUGCUUUAAGAAGGGAAUAAUGAUUGGAAAUGAACAAGAACUGAUGAGCAAUCAAGAGAGUAGCCAUGAGAAAAGUAUCAAUGGAGACACUGUCUGUCCAGGAGAGAGCGACAAGGAGAGGAAACCCAAAGAACAGCAAAACGUCCCAUAUAAUGAGGCAGCCAGUACAUCCUUCCAACGUAGAAGAAACUUUGGGCCGGGCUCGGGCAUUACGAAAGAUCAAAACAUUCACACUGGAGAGAAUGCAUGCAACUUCCUCCAGACGCAAGACUUUAUGACCCUCGAGAUAACCCACACGGGGGUGAGAAACCCCUAUAAGUGUGGGAAAAGCUUUGGUUCUGGGUCAGGCCUCAAAGAUCACCUGAUAGUCCACUCUGGAGAAGCCCCGUGGCGAUGCUCAUACUGCGGCAGGAGCUUUGGCCGCUCUUCGGUCCUGCGAGAGCACGUCCGGACGCACACCGGGGAGCGGCCGUACAAGUGCCUGGACUGCGGGAAGAACUUCAACCGGAAGCGGUACCUGACCAUCCAUGAGCGCAUGCACCGCGGGGAGAGCCCCCACAAGUGCAUCCACUGUGGGAAAAGCUUCCCAAAGAGGUGCAAGCUCGUGAUCCACGAGCGAAUCCACACCGGGGAGAACCCCUUUGUUUGCCCCGAGUGCGGGAAGGGCUUCAACCAGAAGGGGAACCUCAUGACCCACAUGCGGCUGCACACCGGGGAGAAGCCCUACAAGUGCGGCUAUUGCGGGAAGAGGUUCAGCCAAAAAGCAGGCGUCAGCAAACACGAGAAAACCCACGUGCGACUGAAAAGAACUAUUUAAUGCAGACUGGCGGACUUGUAUCUCACACGGGGAAAACAGCAGCUCCGGUGACAAAGGGCCCAUAUUGCUGCACAUUAGCUGGGAUUAGCACCCACAAACGUUGGAAAAUCAUGAAUUAAAAAAACUAUGCUUUUUUUUAAAAAACCAUCCCUCGCAACCUCUGAGGAUACCUGCCAUAGAUGUGGGCAAAACGUCAGGAGAGAAUACUUCUGGAACAUGGCCACACAGCCCGAAAGACAUAUAACAACCCUGUGAUCCCAGCCAUGAAAGCCUUUGACAACACAUAUGUUUUUUUUUUCUCUUUAUUUCUGUUCUUUGCUGUGUUACUUUAUUAUUGAAGACUUUUUUUCUUUUCUUCUUUACUUUAUUUUAGGGAGAGAGAAAAAGUCAGAGCCUUGCUGGAAUUAUUCCCUUGUGUGCAUUCAAUUGUUCAUCUAUAAAGGAAUUUCUUGUUGAAGACUUUCAUGACCGGAAUCACAGGGUUGUUGUGUUUUUUCCUGGCUGUAUGGCCAUGUUCCAGAAGCAUUAUCUCCUGACGUUUCGCCCACACCUAUGGCAGGCAUCCUCAGAGGUUGUGAGGUAUACCAUAGAUGUGGGCGAAACAUCAGGACAGAAUAACAUAGAUGUGGGUGAAAUGUCAGGAGAGAAUACUUCUAGAACAUGGCCAUACAGCCUGGAAAACACACAACAACCUAAAGGAAUUUCUGAAUUGACUCAAAUUGUCCACUAGAUGCCACUGUUGUCAAACAUAAGAAAAGCAGUCCAGAGGGAGACACAGGACAAACCUCACCCUUCAGCAAAACAAAACAAAAAUGUUGAUAUUGGAGAAAACUUAUUGUCUUGUUCUGUUGUUUUACAGGGCUUGUUUCCUUAGCUGUUCAAGGUCACCUGGUCUAAAGUCACUUUGUCUGGUAGAACUGUUUGCAGCUGGAUACAGAUUACAAAUAGGGUAUGCUAUGCUAAACAGAUUCCAAAACAAUCCAGAGGCCGGGUUGCUGUGAGUUUUCCAGUCUGUAUGGCCAUGUUCCAGAAGCAUUCUCUCCUGACGUUUCACCUGCAUCUAUGGCAGGCAUCCUCAGAGGUUGUGAGGUCUGUUGGAAACUAGGCAAGUGGGGUUUAUAUAUCUGUGGAAGGUCCAGGGUGGGAGAAAGAACUCUUGUCUGUUGGAGGCAAAGGUGAAUGUUGCAAUUGGCCACCUUUAUUAGCAUUGAAUAGCCUUUCAUAUUCAAUGCCUGGCUGGUUGCUGUCUGGGGGAAUCCUUUGUUGGGAUGUGUUAGCUGGCCCUGAUUAUUUCCUGUCUGCAAUUCUCUUGUUUUCUGAGUGUUGUUCUUUAUUCAUUGUCUUGAUUUUAGAGUUUUUAAAUACUGGCAGCCAGAUUUUGUUCAUUUCCAUGGUUUCCUCCUUUAUGUUGAAAUUGUCCACAUGCUUGUGGGGAUUUCAGUGGCUUCUCUUUGCAAUCUAACAUGGUAGUUGUUAGAGUGGUCCAGCAUUUCUGUGUUCUCAAAUAAUAUGCUGUGUCCAGGUUGGUUCAAGUGCUCUGCUAUGGCUGACUUCUCUGGUCGAGUUAGUCUGCAGCGCCUUUCAUGUUCCUUGAUUCGUGCCUGGGCAUUGCUGCGUUUAUGAUUCUAUGAAUUCAAGCUUUGUUUCCUCGGUGAGUUGAUCUUGAAAAAGCAAAGUUAUCCCAUGCUUGUUUCUGUUCCUCAUUUCUCCAGGCCUGUGUCAAUAUCUUGCAAACCUUUGUCCCCAGUUAAUGAUGGGCUUCAACUCCCAGAAGACUCCGCAAUGAGAAAUUCUGGGAGUUGUGGUACAAAAGUCUCUGGGAUCAAGAUUGGGACUCAACAGCCUCCUUCACAUGUAUCUUUACUAUACCAAAACCCUGCUAAGUAUUGUUAUUCAAAGUCUUCACCAGAUAGAAUCAAUAGCCAGUUGGAAUAACUGGAUUGUUCCCAAAUCUUUGUUUGUUUCUUUCUUUUAAUAAAUUAUUGAAUAUUUCA